AUGAUUGCCGACAUGCGUGUCGCCCUCGUGGGCGCCCUCGCUGGUUCUGCUGCCGCCCACAAGUACAGCAACACCACCACCUCCGCCGUCAGUGACCACGUGACGUACACCACGGAGACGGUCACGGCCAUCACCACCUACUGCCCUGAGCCCACCACCCUCACUCACGGCACCAAGACCUACACUGUGACCGAGCCCACCACGCUCACCAUCACUGACUGCCCCUGCACCAUCACCACACCCGUCACUCCCCUGCCCACACCCACUGGCCCUGCUGUGGACGAGUGCGCCGCCGCGUGUACCGACGCCCACAACAAGUGUGUCACCGCCCCUCACUCCAACAAGUCAUGGUGCGCGGCCCAGUACGCCGAAUGUCUCGGCUACAACCCUUACGAGGGCGAGUACGAAGAGCCCACCGCCUGCUCGACCACGCCGGUCCCUGAGCCUACCCACACUGAGACCCCUGACAAGGACGAGUGUGCUGAGGACUGCACUGACGCCUACCGCAAGUGCCAGGUCACUCCCGGCUCCAACAAGUCUACCUGCGCCUCCAACUUCGCCGAGUGCUUGGGCUUCAACCCCUUCAACAACAACGGCACUCUAGUUGAGCCUACCGCCUGCUCGGAGCAUCCCACGAACACCGCCACCUCCGCCCCCAGUGAGCACACUACCUACACUACGGAGACGGUCACGGCCAUCACCACUUACUGCCCUGAGCCCACCACCGUCACUCACGGCACCCAGACCUACACAGUCACCGAGCCCACCACGCUCACCAUCACUGACUGCCCCUGCACUGUCACUCGCCCCGUCGAGCCCGUGCCUACCAAGGAGCCUGAGCAGCCCGAGCAGCCUGAGCAACCUGAGCAGCCUGAGCAGCCUGAGCAGCCUGAGCAGCCCGAGCAGCCCGAGCAGCCCGAGCAGCCUGAGCAGCCUGAGCAGCCCGAGCAGCCCGAGCAGCCCGAGCAGCCCGAGCAGCCUGAGCAGCCUGAGCAGCCUGAGCAGCCUGAGCAGCCCGAGCAACCCGAGCAGCCUGAGCAGCCCGAGCAACCCGAGCAGCCUGAGCAGCCUGAGCAGCCCGUGCCUACCAAGGAGCCUGAGCAGCCUGAGCAGCCUGAGCCCACCGCUCAGCCUCCCGUCGAGCAGCCCAGCACCACACCUGGUGUGCCCGCACCCAUCCCCGGUGCGGCGAACAAGGUCGGCGGCUCUGCUGCUGCUCUCCUCGUAGCUGGUGUCGUUGCCCUGCUGUAA